AUGCGGUCCUUUGCUCCCUGGAUUGUGACCCUGCUGGGAGCUGCUGGAAUUGUUUGCGCUUCUUCUGAGGCUCCGGCGGCGGAAGCAGAGUCUGACGUUAUCUCUCUGACCAAGGACACCUUUAACGACUUCAUUGCCGAGCAUGAACUGGUCUUGGCCGAGUUCUUCGCCCCCUGGUGUGGCCACUGCAAGGCUCUGGCACCCAAGUACGAGGAAGCCGCCACUGAGCUAAAGGCAAAGAACAUUCCUCUUGUCAAAGUGGACUGCACUGCGGAGGAAGAUAUUUGCAGGGAGCAGGGUGUGGAGGGCUACCCAACACUCAAGGUUUUCCGUGGCGCCGAUUCCGUGAAGCCCUAUCAGGGAGCUCGACAGGCAGAGGCGAUCGUUUCUUAUAUGGUGAAGCAGUCCCUCCCCGCUGUCUCCACCGUCACCGAGGAGAACCUCGAGGAAUUUAAGACUCUGGAUAAGAUUGUUGUUGUUGGAUACUUCGCUGAAGAUGACAAGGCCUCCAAUGAGGCUUACACUGCUUUCGCUGAAAGCCAGAGAGACAACUAUUUGUUCGGAUCCGCCAAGGAUGCUUCAAUUGCCAGCGCCGAAGGCGUGAGCCAACCGUCAGUUGUUCUCUACAAGGAUUUUGACGAAAAGAAGGCUACUUAUGAAGGAUCACUCGAGCCUGAGGCCCUCCUCAGUUGGGUCAAGACUGCCAGCACUCCUCUCGUGGGUGAGGUUGGUCCCGAGACUUACUCUGGAUAUAUCACGCUCAAGGGUUCUAUCAACAUUGCAACCAUCGAUGCCAAGGCAUUUGGUGCUCACGCUGGAAACCUCAACCUCGACCCCAAGCAGUUCCCCGCCUUUGCUAUCCAAGAUCCCGCCAAAAAUGCCAAGUAUCCCUAUGACCAGUCCAAGGAAAUUUCCGCUAAGGACGUUGGAAAGUUUAUUCAGGACGUUCUGGACGGCAAGGUCGAGCCCAGCAUCAAGUCUGAGCCCAUCCCUGAAACGCAAGAAGAUGCUGUCACAGUUGUUGUGGCCCAUUCUUACAAGGACGUUGUGAUUGAAAACGACAAGGAUGUCCUUCUUGAGUUCUACGCCCCCUGGUGCGGGCACUGCAAGGCUCUUGCUCCGAAGUACGAGGAGCUGGCCCAACUGUACGCCAGCAACGAAGAAUUCAAGUCCAAGGUCACCAUCGCCAAGAUUGACGCCACCGCUAACGACGUUCCGGACUCCAUCACUGGAUUCCCCACCAUUAAGCUCUUCCCUGCCGGCUCCAAGGAUGCCCCAGUUGAGUACUCUGGUUCCCGCACCGUGGAGGACCUUGCAAACUUCGUUAAGGAGCACGGCAAGUACGGCAUCGAUGCCUUCAUUGCUGAGCCUGUGGAAACUGCUGAGGAAAAGGAUGAUGCCGCUGAGGAAGCUGAGGCUGAGCCUGCUCCUGAGAAGCCCGAGCAUGAUGAAUUGUAA